UUAAACUCUUUUUAAUAAAGUUUUCCUCAAUAGUGUACCGAAUAUUCACCAGGCUGUGGGUCAGUACUACAGAGAGAUACGCUCAUGGAUAAAUAGUCAUCAUGAACAGUGGGGUCUUUCUCAGCCUGCUGGCAGCUCUCUGCCCAGCUUUCUUGGUCACAGUCUCUAUCGAGGUUCCUGCAAUCGACACAAAUGCUUUGACCACUGCGUCACCGGAGGUCAGUAACCCUUCAACACCUGAGCCUAUCAUUUGGGCGGAUACACCAACACCUAAAACAUCCAUCUCUCAAACUCCACCCACUGCAUUUACUUCAACUGGGGUAACACUAUCCAGCUCCAACAGUAGACAUGAAACCGCAGGAUCUUCAAUAAUGGCAACUGUAACUGGAGACAAAUCAGGAACAUCAGAUGUGAUGGAGGAAAUAGUUACAGAAUUACCAGUGGAAAUUCAAACCUUAAUAAUUGGCUCCGUCAGUGAAAGGACCACUGUUUCUCUCGUGACACCUGGAACUGUUUCAAAAGAAUCUGUCCAAACCAGUCCAUCACCUGACACAACCACAAGCCAUCCAGCUACACAACCAUUACUGGUAAACACACACAAUACAUCUGUUGGUUCUGGAGCCACGGCAUUGGUGUUUAAUGUGUCAGGUGUGAUGAAUUCACCUAUAGGAAGUGUGACUGCCUCACAAAUUCACACAGACUCAACACAGACUCUUUCAACCUCACAACUGACCACAGCCCAGUCCAGCAAAGAGACCAGCUCAUCUGUACCGACUUCAACUGGGAUGGAUCCAGUGGGAACCAGUGAGACCCCUUCAGCAGCCCUGCAUGAAACUCUCUCAUCUACAACCCUUGAAAAAACACACCUUGUUAACACACACACAAAGACAAGUGUGAGUGCCAUUGAGGUCACACCUCAGGCAACAAUAUCCAAAGCAUUCACCACAAAACUCAUGCCAACUGCAAGUCAUACCACAAUGCCAACUGAGAUGAAUUUACCAACAGCAACACCAUCACAAAUGACACAGGCUAAAACACAAAGCACAUCCACAGCAACAAAAUCCAACACAACACCAGCAUCCAAAGCUUCAACACCAUCAUCAACAUCAAUAUCAUCAGCAUUUGAGGAUUUAUCAACAGUGACUACAGCCCAACACACGACACAAUCUACAGCUACAGCGUCCACAACACAAACAGUGUCCAUAACUACAUCAACACAAACUACCCUGACCGCAACAGAAUCUGCAACAACAUCAACCCUAAGUACACCAUCUGAGGAUUCAGAAAAACAUAUUACAACAGGACAGAUUAAACAAACUAUUGCUACAGCCUCCACAACACAAACUGUGUCUACAACUACACCAACACAAUCUAUUCUAACCACAGCAACAACAUCACCCCAAAGAACAUCAUCUGUAGUUUCAGAAACACAAAGACCAACACAAACUACAGCUCUAACCUCACAAUCAGCACAAGGUACAAUAUCUGAGAUUUUACCAACAGUAACACAACAAACUACACCAACCAUUGCAAUAGUAUCAACAACACAAAGUAUGAUCACAUCUACACCAACACAUUCUAUUGGACCCACAACAGAAUCAGCAACAUCAACCCAAAAUACAGCAUCAGAAGGUUCAGAAACACAAAGACCAACACAACAUACAGUUGUCACCUCAAAUUCAGCACAAAGUACAGCACCUGAGGAUUCACCAACAGUGACUAAAACACAACCAACUACACCAUCUGUUCUAACACUAUCCACAACGCAGACUGCAUCCACAUUCACACCAAUACAAUUUAUUCCAACCAUUAUGGAAUCAGCAACAUCAACACAAAUUACAGUUGUAACUUCACAACCGGCACAAAGUACAUCAUCUGAGGAUUCACCAACAGUGAUUACAACACAACAAACUACACCAUUUACUGCAACAGCAUCCACAACACAAACAGUUCCAACAACUACACCAACACAAUCUAUUCUAUACACAAUACAAUCAGCAACAACAUCAACCCAAAGUACAUCAUCCAAGGUUUCACCAACAGUGAAUACAACACUUUCUAUUGCAACACAAUCUGUGUCCAUAUCAGCAACAACCUUAACCCAAAGUACAUCUUCUGAAGAUUCUUCAACACAAAGACCAUCACUAACUGCACUCAUAACUUCAAAAUCCCCUCAUAGUACAGCAUCAGUGGAUUCACCAACUGUAACAUCAUUUACAACACAAAGUAUGAUCACAUCUACACCAACACAAUCUAUUCUAAUAACAACAGAAGCUGCAUCAACAUCAACCCAAAGUUCACCAUCCGAAGGUUCAGAAACCCAAAGACCAACACAAAUUACAGCUAUAACCUCACAAUCAGCAGAAAGUACAGCCUCUGAGGACGCACCAACAGUGAAUACAACACUUUCUAUUGCAACAGCAUCCACAACAGAAUCUGUGUCCACAUCAGCAACAACCUUAACCCAAAGUACAGCAUCUGAGGAUUCUUCAACACAAAGACCAUCACAAACUACACUCAUAACUUCAAAAUCCACUCGUAGUACAGCAUCAGAGGAUUCACCAACUGUAACAUCAUUUACAACACAAAGUAUGAUCACAACUACACCAACACAAUCUAUUCUAACCACAGCAACAACAUCACCCCAAAGAGCAUCAUCUGUAGUUUCAGAAACACAAAGACCAACACAAACUACAGCUCUAACCUCACAAUCAGCACAAGGUACAAUAUCUGAGAUUUUACCAACAGUGACUACAACACAACAAACUACACCAACCAUUGCAAUAGUAUCAACAACACAAAGUAUGAUCACAUCUACACCAACACAUUCUAUUAGACCCACAACAGAAUCAGCAACAUCAACCCAAAGUACAGCAUCAGAAGGUUCAGAAACACAAAGACCAACACAACAUACAGUUGUCACCUCAAAUUCAGCACAAAGUACAGCACCUGAGGAUUCACCAACAGUGACUACAACACAACCAACUACACCAUCUGUUCUAACACUAUCCACAAUGCAGACUGCAUCCACAUUCACACCAACACAAUUUAUUACGACCAUUAUGGAAUCAGCAACAUCAACACAAAUGACAGUUGUAACUUCACAACCGGCACAAAGUACAUCAUCUGAGGAUUCACCAACAGUGAUUACAACACCAUCUAUUGCAACAGCAUCCACAACAGAAUCUGUGUCCACAUCAGCAACAACCUUAACCCAAAGUACAGCAUCUGAGGAUUCUUCAACACAAAGACCAUCACAAACUGCACUCAUAACUUCAGAAUCCACUCGUAGUACAGCAUCUGAGGAUUCACCAACUGUCACAUCAUUUACAACACAAAGUGUGAUCACAUCUACACCAACACAAUCUAUUCUAAUAACAACAGAAUCUGCAACAACAUCAACCCAAGGUUCACCAUCUGAAGGUUCAGAAACCCAAAGACCAACACAAAUUACAGCUAUAACCUCACAAUCAGCACAAAGUACAGCCUCUGAGGACGCACCAACAGUGACUACAACACUUUCUAUUGCAACAGCAUCCACAACAGAAUCUGUGUCCACAUCAGCAACAACCUUAACCCAAAGUACAACAUCUGAGGAUUCUUCAACACAAAGACCAUCACAAACUGCACUCAUAACUUCAGAAUCCACUCGUAGUACAGCAUUGGAGGAUUCACCAACUGUAACAUCAUUUACAACACAAAGUAUGAUCACACCUACACCAACACAAUCUAUUCUAAUAACAACAGAAUCUGCAUCAACAUCAACCGCAAGUACAACAUCUGAGCAUUCACCAACAGUGACUACAACACCAUCUAUUGCAACAGCAUCCACAACAGAAUCUGUGUCCACAUCAGCAACAACCUUAACCCAAAGUACAGCAUCUGAGGAUUCUUCAACACAAAGACCAUCACUAACUACACUCAUAACUUCAGAAUCCACUCAUAGUACAGCAUCAGAGGAUUCACCAACUGUAACAUCAUUUACAACACAAAGUGUGAUCGCAACUACACAGGCGCAAUCUAUUCUGCCCACAAUUGAAUCAGCAACAACAUCAACCCAAAGUUCACCAUCUGAAGGUUCAGAAACCCAAAGACCAACACAAAUUACAGCUGUAACCUCACAAUCAGCACAAAGUACAGCCUCUGAGGACGCACCAACAGUGACUACAACACUUUCUAUUGCAACAGCAUCCACAACAGAAUCUGUAUCCACAUCAGCAACAACCUUAACCCAAAGUACAGCAUCUGAGGAUUCUUCAACACAAAGACCAUCACAAACUACACUCAUAACUUCGGAAUCCACUCGUAGUACAGCAUCAGAGGAUUCACCAACUGUAACAUCAUUUACAACACAAAGUAUGAUCACAUCUACACCAUCACAAUCUAUUCUAAUAACAACAGAAUCUGCAUCAACAUCAACCACAACAUCUGAGCAUUCACCGACAGUGACUACAACACCAUCUAUUGCAACAUCAACAACACAAAGUGUGAUUGCAACUACACAGACGCAAUCUAUUCUGCCCACAAUUGAAUCAGCAACAACAUCAACCCAAAGUUCACCAUCCGAAGGUUCAGAAACCCAAAGACCAACACAAAUUACAGCUAUAACCUCACAAUCAGCACAAAGUACAGCCUCUGAGGACGCACCAACAGUGACUACAACACUUUCUAUUGAAACAGCAUCCACAACAGAAUCUGUGUCCACAUCAGCAACAACCUUAACCCAAAGUACAGCAUCUGAGGAUUCUUCAACACAAAGACCAUCACAAACUACACUCAUAACUUCAGAAUCCACUCGUAGUACAGCAUCGGAGGAUUCACCAACUGUAACAUCAUUUACAACACAAAGUAUGAUCACACCUACACCAACACAAUCUAUUCUAAUAACAACAGAAUCUGCAUCAACAUCAACCGCAAGUACAACAUCUGAGCAUUCACCAACAGUGACUACAACACCAUCUAUUGCAACAGCAUCCACAACAGAAUCUGUGUCCACAUCAGCAACAACCUUAACCCAAAGUACAGCAUCUGAGGAUUCUUCAACACAAAGACCAUCACUAACUGCACUCAUAACUUCAGAAUCCACUCAUAGUACAGCAUCUGAGGAUUCACCAACUGUCACAUCAUUUACAACACAAAGUGUGAUCACAUCUACACCAACACAAUCUAUUCUAAUAACAACAGAAUCUGCAACAACAUCAACCCAAGGUUCACCAUCUGAAGGUUCAGAAACCCAAAGACCAACACAAAUUACAGCUAUAACCUCACAAUCAGCACAAAGUACAGCCUCUGAGGACGCACCAACAGUGACUACAACACUUUCUAUUGCAACAGCAUCCACAACAGAAUCUGUGUCCACAUCAGCAACAACCUUAACCCAAAGUACAGCAUCUGAGGAUUCUUCAACACAAAGACCAUCACAAACUACACUCAUAACUUCAGAAUCCACUCGUAGUACAGCAUCGGAGGAUUCACCAACUGUAACAUCAUUUACAACAGAAAGUAUGAUCACAUCUACACCAACACAAUCUAUUCUAAUAACAACAGAAUCUGCAUCAACAUCAACCACAACAUCUGAGCAUUCACCAACAGUGACUACAACACCAUCUAUUGCAACAGCAUCCACAACAGAAUCUGUGUCCACAUCAGCAACAACCUUAACCCAAAGUACAGCAUCUGAGGAUUCUUCAACACAAAGACCAUCACUAACUGCACUCAUAACUUCGGAAUCCACUCGUAGUACAGCAUUGGAGGAUUCACCAACUGUAACAUCAUUUACAACAGAAAGUAUGAUCACAUCUACACCAACACAAUCUAUUCUAAUAACAACAGAAUCUGCAUCUGCAUCAACAUCAACCACAACAUCUGAGCAUUCACCAACAGUGACUACAACACCAUCUAUUGCAACAGCAUCCACAACAGAAUCUGUGUCCACAUCAGCAACAACCUUAACCCAAAGUACAGCAUCUGAGGAUUCUUCAACACAAAGACCAUCACAAACUGCACUCAUAACUUCAGAAUCCACUCAUAGUACAGCAUCAGAGGAUUCACCAACUGUAACAUCAUUUACAACACAAAGUGUGAUCGCAACUACACAGGCGCAAUCUAUUCUGCCCACAAUUGAAUCAGCAACAACAUCAACCCAAAGUUCACCAUCCGAAGGUUCAGAAACCCAAAGACCAACACAAAUUACAGCUAUAACCUCACAAUCAGCACAAAGUACAGCAUCUGAGGACGCACCAACAGUGAAUACAACACUUUCUAUUGCAACAGCAUCCACAACAGAAUCUGUGUCCACAUCAGCAACAACCUUAACCCAAAGUACAGCUUCUGAGGAUUCUUCAACACAAAGACCAUCACAAACUACACUCAUAACUUCAGAAUCCACUCGUAGUACAGCAUCUGAGGAUUCACCAACUGUCACAUCAUUUACAACACAAAGUGUGAUCACAUCUACACCAACACAAUCUAUUCUAAUAACAACAGAAUCUGCAACAACAUCAACCCAAGGUUCACCAUCUGAAGGUUCAGAAACCCAAAGACCAACACAAAUUACAGCUAUAACCUCACAAUCAGCACAAAGUACAGCCUCUGAGGACGCACCAACAGUGACUACAACACUUUCUAUUGCAACAGCAUCCACAACAGAAUCUGUGUCCACAUCAGCAACAACCUUAACCCAAAGUACAGCAUCUGAGGAUUCUUCAACACAAAGACCAUCACAAACUACACUCAUAACUUCAGAAUCCACUCGUAGUACAGCAUCGGAGGAUUCACCAACUGUAACAUCAUUUACAACAGAAAGUAUGAUCACAUCUACACCAACACAAUCUAUUCUAAUAACAACAGAAUCUGCAUCAACAUCAACCACAACAUCUGAGCAUUCACCAACAGUGACUACAACACCAUCUAUUGCAACAGCAUCCACAACAGAAUCUGUGUCCACAUCAGCAACAACCUUAACCCAAAGUACAGCAUCUGAGGAUUCUUCAACACAAAGACCAUCACUAACUGCACUCAUAACUUCGGAAUCCACUCGUAGUACAGCAUUGGAGGAUUCACCAACUGUAACAUCAUUUACAACAGAAAGUAUGAUCACAUCUACACCAACACAAUCUAUUCUAAUAACAACAGAAUCUGCAUCUGCAUCAACAUCAACCACAACAUCUGAGCAUUCACCAACAGUGACUACAACACCAUCUAUUGCAACAGCAUCCACAACAGAAUCUGUGUCCACAUCAGCAACAACCUUAACCCAAAGUACAGCAUCUGAGGAUUCUUCAACACAAAGACCAUCACUAACUGCACUCAUAACUUCAGAAUCCACUCAUAGUACAGCAUCAGAGGAUUCACCAACUGUAACAUCAUUUACAACACAAAGUGUGAUCGCAACUACACAGGCGCAAUCUAUUCUGCCCACAAUUGAAUCAGCAACAACAUCAACCCAAAGUUCACCAUCCGAAGGUUCAGAAACCCAAAGACCAACACAAAUUACAGCUAUAACCUCACAAUCAGCACAAAGUACAGCAUCUGAGGACGCACCAACAGUGAAUACAACACUUUCUAUUGCAACAGCAUCCACAACAGAAUCUGUGUCCACAUCAGCAACAACCUUAACCCAAAGUACAGCAUCUGAGGAUUCUUCAACACAAAGACCAUCACAAACUACACUCAUAACUUCAGAAUCCACUCGUAGUACAGCAUCUGAGGAUUCACCAACUGUCACAUCAUUUACAACACAAAGUGUGAUCACAUCUACACCAACACAAUCUAUUCUAAUAACAACAGAAUCUGCAACAACAUCAACCCAAGGUUCACCAUCUGAAGGUUCAGAAACCCAAAGACCAACACAAAUUACAGCUAUAACCUCACAAUCAGCACAAAGUACAGCCUCUGAGGACGCACCAACAGUGACUACAACACUUUCUAUUGAAACAGCAUCCACAACAGAAUCUGUGUCCACAUCAGCAACAACCUUAACCCAAAGUACAGCAUCUGAGGAUUCUUCAACACAAAGACCAUCACUAACUGCACUCAUAACUUCGGAAUCCACUCGUAGUACAGCAUUGGAGGAUUCACCAACUGUAACAUCAUUUACAACAGAAAGUAUGAUCACAUCUACACCAACACAAUCUAUUCUAAUAACAACAGAAUCUGCAUCUGCAUCAACAUCAACCACAACAUCUGAGCAUUCACCAACAGUGACUACAACACCAUCUAUUGCAACAGCAUCCACAACAGAAUCUGUGUCCACAUCAGCAACAACCUUAACCCAAAGUACAGCAUCUGAGGAUUCUUCAACACAAAGACCAUCACUAACUGCACUCAUAACUUCAGAAUCCACUCAUAGUACAGCAUCAGAGGAUUCACCAACUGUAACAUCAUUUACAACACAAAGUGUGAUCGCAACUACACAGGCGCAAUCUAUUCUGCCCACAAUUGAAUCAGCAACAACAUCAACCCAAAGUUCACCAUCCGAAGGUUCAGAAACCCAAAGACCAACACAAAUUACAGCUAUAACCUCACAAUCAGCACAAAGUACAGCAUCUGAGGACGCACCAACAGUGAAUACAACACUUUCUAUUGCAACAGCAUCCACAACAGAAUCUGUGUCCACAUCAGCAACAACCUUAACCCAAAGUACAGCUUCUGAGGAUUCUUCAACACAAAGACCAUCACAAACUACACUCAUAACUUCAGAAUCCACUCGUAGUACAGCAUCUGAGGAUUCACCAACUGUCACAUCAUUUACAACACAAAGUGUGAUCACAUCUACACCAACACAAUCUAUUCUAAUAACAACAGAAUCUGCAACAACAUCAACCCAAGGUUCACCAUCUGAAGGUUCAGAAACCCAAAGACCAACACAAAUUACAGCUAUAACCUCACAAUCAGCACAAAGUACAGCCUCUGAGGACGCACCAACAGUGACUACAACACUUUCUAUUGAAACAGCAUCCACAACAGAAUCUGUGUCCACAUCAGCAACAACCUUAACCCAAAGUACAGCAUCUGAGGAUUCUUCAACACAAAGACCAUCACAAACUACACUCAUAACUUCAGAAUCCACUCGUAGUACAGCAUCGGAGGAUUCACCAACUGUAACAUCAUUUACAACACAAAGUAUGAUCACACCUACACCAACACAAUCUAUUCUAAUAACAACAGAAUCUGCAUCAACAUCAACCGCAAGUACAACAUCUGAGCAUUCACCAACAGUGACUACAACACCAUCUAUUGCAACAGCAUCCACAACAGAAUCUGUGUCCACAUCAGCAACAACCUUAACCCAAAGUACAGCAUCUGAGGAUUCUUCAACACAAAGACCAUCACUAACUACACUCAUAACUUCAGAAUCCACUCGUAGUACAGCAUCGGAGGAUUCACCAACUGUAACAUCAUUUACAACAGAAAGUAUGAUCACAUCUACACCAACACAAUCUAUUCUAAUAACAACAGAAUCUGCAUCAACAUCAACCACAACAUCUGAGCAUUCACCAACAGUGACUACAACACCAUCUAUUGCAACAGCAUCCACAACAGAAUCUGUGUCCACAUCAGCAACAACCUUAACCCAAAGUACAGCAUCUGAGGAUUCUUCAACACAAAGACCAUCACAAACUGCACUCAUAACUUCAGAAUCCACUCAUAGUACAGCAUCAGAGGAUUCACCAACUGUAACAUCAUUUACAACACAAAGUGUGAUCGCAACUACACAGGCGCAAUCUAUUCUGCCCACAAUUGAAUCAGCAACAACAUCAACGCAAAGUUCACCAUCUGAAGGUUCAGAAACCCAAAGACCAACACAAAUUACAGCUCAACAACCUUAA